CGUUUGGUUCUGUUCCUCCCCAGUUUCCUUUAAAAAAAAAAUAACAACAAACAAAAUCAAGAGAGGAGGGGGGAAAAAAACCAGUUUUGAGAGAUCGGUAGGGUGCAGGCGUGCCUUGUGCAAGAAGAAAACCAGCAAAAGAGCAAGAAAGGGAGGCGUGGGUAGGUGGGUGGCUGGGUGGCUGUGGGAGAGGAAGGGAAGCAGGACAAUUUGAUGACACAUCACUUGCAAAACUUCUCUGGGCCGAAUCAAGGGGCCGAAAAAACAUGGCUGAGAGCCAGAAGAAAAAAAGUGGCUUUAAAAAGUUUUUUAAGCUCAAGGGGUUCGGAAGCCUGAGUAGCAUUCCUCGCAGCUUCGGCUUCCGCAGAGUCUCUGUUGCCCCCAGACUCAGCGAGUCCUACGGAGGCGGGUCGCUCUCUUCUAAAGGCUUCCUGACCCUCAACUUUGAGAUCACGCAAGACGACUUGGGGACUGGCCCCCAAAGCCCGUCGCAUUAUGCCCGCUCCAGUCACAUGUUCACCCACAUGGGCACCAUGCCCAGAGGCAGCUCCAGACAGAAGAUUGGGAGCCACGGGGCCGAGAAGGCCUUGGAGCCAACGUUGGCCAGGGCCACCGAGCUUGGAGACGUGGCGAGGGCGGCGGCUGCUGCUCCACAGACCGGUUCACCAACGUGGGGAGAAGGAGCAGAACCCAACGAGAAAGAGAAGUCAUCUUCUGUGGUCAACAUUGGCCCAAGCGGCUCCUCAGAAGCGACAGUCCAGGCUGAGAAAUCUUCUCAACGUUUCCUUGAGCUUGGAAAGAUGUCCAGCCCAGGAACAAAGGAGAAAGAACAGGAUUGUCUUCAAGGAACGCCUAGACGCCUUGAGAGGGCCCAAGAUGACCUAGACGUCUUCCCCUUAAGUCCAUCUCACUAUGCCCAGUCUUGUGAUGCCUACAGCCACCUGGGCACCAUGCCGAAGGCCCGUGCUGGGCAGUCCAAGAAAUCCACCAAAGCGAAGAAGCCUACGAAGACUCAGCAAGACCUCAGCCAAGAUCUAGCCACAGAAGCAAUCCUGUCCCGUGAGGAAAGCGUCAAGGAGGCUAGAGACCAAGAGACAGCAGAGACAACCUCGGAGGAGGACCCAGAAGAAAGGCAUUCUGACGGAUUGGGAUCUUCGAGUGAAUACGUUAAGUUCUCCAAGGAGAAGUACAUCCUCGACUCCUCGCCGGAGAAGCUUCACAAGGAGUUGGAAGAGGAGCUGAAACUCAGCAGCUCAGACCUGAGGAGUCACACCUGGUAUCAUGGCCGCAUCCCUCGAGAGGUGUCGGAAAGCCUGGUGCAGAGGAACGGGGAUUUUUUGAUCCGCGACUCGCUCACCAGCCUGGGCGAUUACGUGCUGACGUGCCGCUGGCGGAACGAAGCCCUCCACUUCAAGAUCAACAAGGUGAUGGUGAAAUCCGGCGAAGGGCGCACCCACAUCCAGUACCUCUUCGAGCAGGAGAGUUUCGACAACGUCCCGGCCUUGGUGCGCUUCUACGUGGGCAACCGGAAGCCCAUCUCGGAACAGAGCAAUGCCAUCUUCUACUGCCCCAUCAACCGCACAUUCCCGCUGCGCUACCUGGAGGCCAGCUACGGACUGGCCAAUGGGAAGCACAGCAGCUCCCAUAGCCACCCUGGGCAGAAAGGGGGGCACAUCAAAAGGAGAAGCAUCACCAUGACGGACGGACUGACCGCGGACAAGAUCACCAGGAGCGACGGGUGUCCCACCAGUGUCUCCUUGCCGCAUCACCGGGACAUCAUUCGGAACUGCGCUGUCAGUGUGGACCAGAUCCAAGACCUCCACUCCCCAAUGUCACCCAUCGCCGAAACCCCAGCCACUCCAGCUUACAGCACUGUUACUCGUCUCAAACCACAAGGGAGCCAAGCUGGCAAUGGUGCCACCCCGUCAUCCCCGGUCAUCCGACGCUCUAGCGAGCCGCAGCUAUGCCAAGGGAACGGCAGUAAAAGCGAGCUGUCGGACAGCACCCACUCGACCCCUUCCCAGGGAUGCUCCAGGGCGUCCCCUUCUCCUUCUGCCAGCAGCUACAGCGACCCAGAUUCAGGACAUUAUUGCCAGCUUCACCCGCCCUCUCCGGUCCAGUGGGACAGGCCAAUGCCCGACAACAAAGUGAUGCCAACCAAGAGUUACGUGGAGAGGCUAAAAGGGGACGAAUGCCAGCGAGGGUUUGUCCUGAACGGUUCCGAAGGAGAAGCUGGCCCCAGGAAGAGGCCGGAGCAGGACAUGAUAGGCUUUGUGGUCCCGGUGAUGGAAAGGACAUCCUCGUUCAAUCCCGCGCUGUUCCACUCCUUGCUUAUUCCGGGGGAAAAUAAACCUCUGGAAAUGAUGGUGCUGAAGAAGAUCAAGGAACUGCUUGCCGAAGGAGACGCCAGGACUCUCGCUAAGCAUAUCACCCACGUGGAUUGCCUGGUUGCUAGGAUACUGGGGGUUACCAAGGAGACCCAGAGGCUCAUGGGAGUCAGCUCAGGGAUGGAGCUGCUCACCCUGCCCCACGGACAUCAACUUCGGCUGGAUUUGUUGGAAAGGUUCCACACCAUGACCAUCAUGAUCGCGGUGGAUAUUCUGGGGUGCACAGGCAGCAUUGAGGAGCGGGCCUCUCUGCUCCACAAGACCAUUCAGCUGGCGGCCGAGCUGAAGACCAUGGGCAACAUGUACAGCUUUGCCGCUGUGAUGAACGCGCUGGAGAUGACCCAGAUCUCCCGCCUGGAGCAAACCUGGAUGGUUUUACGCCAGCGUUACACGGAGGGUGCCAUUCUUUACGAGAAGAAGCUGAAGCCUUUCCUCAAGAGCCUCAACGAAGGAAAAGAAGGACCACCUUUAUCUAACACCACCUUCCCUCACAUCGUGCCUCUCAUUACUCUUCUGGAGAGGGACACGGCACUGCCGGACCACCCUGAACCCUGGGAGAACUUGGACAACAGUGUGGAGGUAGUUAUGGCCCAUCUGGAGGCGGCACGCACGGUGGCCCACCACGGGGGACUGUACCACACCAAUGCGGAGGUGAAGCUGCAAGGGUUCCAGCCACAACCGGAACUUCUGGAGGUUUUUAGCACCGAAUUUCAGCUCCGGCUUUUAUGGGGGAGCCGGGGGGCCGAAAGCAGCCAGAGCGAGCGCUACGAGAAGUUCCACAAGGUCCUCACCGCCCUGUCCCACAAAUUGGAGCCAGCAGUGCGUUCGAGCGAGUUGUAGCUGGACAACAACCGGCGCAAGAUUGCAACGAAUGCGCCUGCAACUUGGUUUCUGGCAGCAGUGGGUCUCGAGCGAUGCUAAGGUGGUAGCGUUGGACCGAAAGGGAUGCAACUGGGACUCUCCCCAAAAAGGCCUUUCCAGCAUGAAAUACUGACAAUCACUGGGUUGACUUUGUUCCUGCAAAACUUGACAACGACCGAGUUCCUCCAGGCAAACCGUGGAAGAGAAUGCACUGGCCAAGCAUGUUAGAUCUCAGCCAUGCAGAUUCGUGUUGAAAAGCUGCAGUGUGGCUCAUGAGAGAGGCAAAACCUCCGAGUUUAAAUUCAGUACCGAUUCAUAGCCAAUUUCAGGCCCGGGUUUGGUGCCUCACAGUGGGCUUUGAAACCAAGAGUGCAGGAAUCUUCUCUAAGCUCCUUCUAUUACUUUGAGGUUCCCCUGUUCUUUUCCAUCACCAUGAAUUGGAGAAGAGCGGUUUCCACCAGCUUUGGGGGCUGAUCAUAGUUUGCCCCAACCUCAGAAGGACCUGGGUGACAAGGCACACCCACCGACAGUAAGGCAGCCCCCAAAUUUAGCUUUUCUAUUUUCAUGGGCAUCUCUGAUCAUCACUAACAUUCAAUCUACACCCAACUUAAUCCAUCAACUGUAAGCCUUCCAGAGUAGCCACAUGAGAGGUUGGAUAGUAAAUAAAUGUAAUUAUAAAUAAAAAAUCAGGUAAAGUUAGGCCACUGCCAUCUUUCUUUCCAGGGACCUCCAUGUCCCAAUCUCAGUCCUUCCAUUGACGCCAAGCAACAUUCCUUUAUUUUCUUAAAAGUCUCUUUUUCUUUUGCUUCCCUCCAUUUUGAUGCAGGGAAUGAGGGUGGUUUUGUAAAUUAAAAAAAAUCCAUGUGGGGUGUAUAUGUACCUAUAAAUAUAUAUAUAUAUAUAUACAUACAUAUGUAUUCAGAUCUCAUAUGUAAAUAAUUGACAUGGUUCUUUUCGGUCUUGUAAAUGAAUGUACAGAUACAAUGAAGUGUCUUUCCUCGAUCCUUGCAUACAAUAAACUUUUAUGCUUUUUUUCUUCAA